CUCAGACUCAACUCAGACUGUUAGGCUCUACCUCGCUUCUCUGGACAUGGCACAGCAAAGAAUGGCAUUAUGGGCCGCAGAGGACAUUGACGAAGAGCUUCAGGGCGUUGACCUUUCCCUAGCGAUUGGUAACUACGGCCAGAGCAAUCAUUACGACGAUGCCCAUAUGCAACAUGCUCCUAUAGACGAAUCUACUUUAAUUGCUAUGCAGCAGCGUAUGGCUCAGCAAGCAGCUUUUGCACAGAUCCCCGAUGUCGUGAAAGCCUUCAUCGUACAUUUCCACCAAGCUGUACUCGAUAACAACCUUGCAGAAAUAACCGUUGCAUACGAGAGUGGAUGGAACAAAUACACAGAAAAAUUCUAUGCCAGAUCGGAAUGGCCCGAAGCAGAGAUUAUCGCUCCUCUCGUCAACGAUGAUCCCAUUUUCCUUAUCUUGUACCGCGAACUCUACUAUCGCCACGUAUAUUCCCGCCUCCAGCCAAACAUCGACGACCGCCUGCACUCAUAUGAAAAUAGUUGCGAGUUGUUCAACUAUCUACUCAAUUCCGAGGGUCCCGUUCAGCUCGAGCUUCCAGAACAAUGGCUUUGGGAUAUUAUUGAUGAAUUUAUCUACCAGUUCCAAGUAUUUUGCUCCUGGCGCUCGAAAGUGAAAACAAAGACCGAUGAUGAACUCACUAUGCUCGCUGAGGAGACUGGAGUCUGGAGUUCGUACAGCGUCUUAAAUGUCCUCUAUUCUCUUAUCCAAAAGUCCAAGACCAAUGAGUAUAUCAUCGCUCAUCAGGAAGGAAAAAGCUCAGAAGAAAUAUUGAAAAUAGUCGGGGAUUACGGCUCUAAACCGCUCUAUCGCAUGCUUGGAUACUUCAGCAUCAUCGGUCUCCUUCGUGUACAUGUAUUAUUGGGCGAUUUCACCUUAGCUUUAAAGGUGAUGGAUAAUGUCGAGCUCAACCAAAAGUCACCCUUCACUAGGGUGACAGCCUGUCAUGUACAAACGUAUUAUUACGUCGGCUUUUGUUACCUCAUGCUUCGCCGCUAUCCUGAUGCCAUACGCACCUUUGUGACAAUACUAAACUUCGUUCAACGAAUGAAGCAGUAUCAUACUCGAAGUUACCAGUAUGAUCAAAUCAGCAAAACAGCUGACAGAAUGUACGCUCUGUAUGCUAUCUGUCACGCGUUGUCGCCGAGUCGGUUAGAUGACAACAUAACAAAUACUACGAAGGAGCGUUACGGUGAACAAUUGUCAAGAAUGUCAAGAGGAGGUGAAGACGCCCUACCAGCUUUCGAGGAACUUUUCCUAUAUGCAUGCCCAAAAUUCAUCAACGCUAACUCCCCCCCAUACAACGACCCUGUAGCGAUUGCCCAGAUACUUUCUGUUUCUCCCACAACUUCACCUUCACAGCGAACCGUUGAACUUCCCACUUCCGCGACGCAUACUGAUCCGGCGCACAGACACCUUCGUUUAUUCCUCUCCGAUGUUACUGCUCAAUCUCAAGUACCUACCUUGCGCAGUUUCUUGAAGUUAUACACCAGCUUAGGUUCUAAAAAGCUGGCGAACUUCCUGGAUGCUGAGGAGGAGGAGGUAGUCCAAGAGAUGAUGCUCAUGAAACAGUCUAGUCGAUGUAUCAGUCGUGUCGGUACUGAAAAAGGCAACCUUCUCGACGGAGAAACGAUAACAACAAGUGAUCUCAACUUUAUCAUUGAGAAGAGUAUGGUACAUAUUGUGGAGUCAACGGUCGGGCGUAGAUACGCAGGGUGGUUCAUCAAAAACACAGAACGGACACAGCGAAUAUUUGACGACCUGAAGAGCACACCCUUACCCGCUCCAACAAAAGCUGCAUUGCUUCCAACGCCCGCCGAAGUACCAGCAAAAAUCGCUAAACCCAAGCUCGCUUGGGGAGGUGCGAAGGCCGUGUAG